UGACGAGCAGUAUCAGAGGUCAGAGCUAACAGAGAAGCCAGACUGAGCUGAACAACCGCAGGGGAAACAACACGCACCUGUUGAACGACCAGGAACCGAGGACAACACACCCGAGAUCACGCCCGAAGCACCGGGACAACACCGGGAUGACGGACACGAUUUUACCGAAAGGGAUCGGCGAGGGAUGCGGGGAAAAGCCUUACUUUAAGAAGAUCGAGAACGCAGAUCUGAAGCAAAGUGCUGUUUCAGGGCGGAACUGUCAGUUUCAGGGAUGUAACCCCUUCGCCCAGACGGGUCGCAGUAAGCUCCAGAACCAGCGAGCGGGAGUCAACCAGCAGAUCAUCAAACAGAUGAGGAUGAGAGCAGGGGCCGAGAACCUCCUCAAGGCAACCAAUAACAACAAGGUCCGUGAGAUGGUGGGCUUGGAGCUGAGCUACGUCAACUCCAACCUGCAGCUGCUCAUGGAGGAGCUGGAGGCGCUCAACAGCUCCGUGGACGUCUACCAGAGCCCCCAAGAGAUGUCCAACAUCCCUCUCAUUCCGCUGGGUUUGAAGGAGACGAAAGAGGUGGACUUCUCGGUGGCCUUCAAGGACUUCAUCCUGGAGCACUACAGCGAGGACGGGAACGAUUAUGAGGACGAGAUCGCUGAUCUGAUGGACCUGCGACAGGCGUGCAGGACGCCAGCCCGCAGCGAGGCCGGCAUGGAGCUCCUGGCCAAGUACUACAACACCCUCCCCCUGAUGGAGAGCCGCUUCUUCACGCCCAACCGCCAGAGCGGCCUCUUCUUCACCUGGUACGACUCGUUCACGGGCGUGCCGCUGUGCCAGCAGAACAUCUCUCUGGAGAAGGCCAGCGUCCUCUUCAACAUGGCCGCCCUCUUCACCCAGAUUGGAACCCGGAGCAACCGACAGACCCUCACUGGGCUGGACCAGGCCGUCACCUCCUUCCAGAAAGCAGCCGGCGUCCUGAACCACCUGAGGGACACCUUCACCCACAUCCCCAGCUACGACCUGAGCCCGGCCAUGCUGGCCAUGCUGUCCAGCAUGAUGCUGGCCCAGGCCCAGGAGUGUCUGUUCGAGAGGUCCGUGCUGCCCGGGAUCCGUAACCACUUCCUGUCCCUGCUGCGGAUGGCCCAGGAGGCCGCCAAGGUGUCGGACAUCUACGACCAGGUUCACCAGUCCAUGGUGCAGACGCCCAUCAAGGACAAUGUGCCGCUGUUCUGGUCCUCCAUGUGCCAGGUGAAGACCAACCACUACCGCUCCCUGGCCCACUACUUCCUGGCCACCGCGCUACUGGACCACCAACUGGGUCCCAACGACGACGAGGACCAGCAGGAGAAGACCCUGUCCCAGGUGUACGACAGCCUGCCGGAGGGUCGCUCCCCGCUGGACCUGCUGAAGAAGAGGGAGGAGCGCAGGCUUAUCGGUAAAGCCCACCUGAGGAGGGCCGUCAUGAGCCACGAGGAGGCCUUGAGGGUCCACGGUCUGUGUCGCCACCUGAAGAAGCUUGACGUGCUGGAGGAGAUCCUGCAGGCCAGCCUGGAGCGGUCCAAAGACAAGUUCUCUGCCAAUGACAACAAGGACGAGUUCACGGACUACAUGGAGGCGCCGGACAUCAUCUCCAAGACGGAGCACAGUGCACACCCGGAGCUGCCUUCGAACACCAAGGUGAAGGUCAAGGACUUUUUCCAGCGGCUGGGUCCUCUGUCCUUCUUCAACGCCAAGCAGCGAUGGACGGCCCCCCGGAGCCUCCGUCUGGUCCCCAAGGACGGGGAGCUGGGCUUCACCCUGAAGGGGGAGCCUCCCGUCCAGGUGGUCUCUCUGAACCCCAGCUGUGCAGCAGCCGUCAAUGGGCUGAAAGAGGGAGACUACAUCGUUGCCGUGGGUGACAUCGACUGCAAGGGGAUGAGUGUCAGCCAGGUGAUUGGUCUGCUGAAGGACGUGGGAGAGGAGGGCGUCGACCUGCGUGUGGUCAGCCUGAUGGACGGCAAUGCUUCCAUGCACACCAAGAGCGCCACCUACUGCGGCCUUCCCAAGACGUACUCCAUGAUCUGCUUAGCGUACGACCAGGAGGACAAGAGCGCCAAGGGGGGCAAGGUCACCAAGAAGCCGUCCUUCCUGAGCUGGGGCCUGAAGAACCGCCUGAAGAGCGCCAGCACGCUCAGCCUGCCCUCGGCCGAGUACUCCAGCACGCUGCCCUGGAACAAGACCUGCACCACCUUCCCCGGCAGCAGCUCCUUCAACGACAGCAGCCUGUACUGACCCGGCUCACGAGCCCUGGCCCCAGCUCUAGCCCGGAGCCCGGGGAGAGCCGACGCAACCCUAACCCUGUUUGCUGGCCUCUCUAAGCCUAGCCCUGUCCGUUGGUCCCUCUAAGCCUCACCAAGUCCCCCUCAGUAGCAGAGCAGUCUGGACUCCGGAUCAGGACUAAAGCCGUAUGGGCAUCCCUCGGGCCUUGCGUCGGACCACCAGAAGGGGCAACAGCCCUAAACUUCAGUUCAUGUCGUCCGCUAAUGUUUCUUCCAAACGGAAGGAAAAACACAACCUCUUCACGACCAACGCCGGACCAGUGUGCCCAGUCAACACCAGUUACCUUAUGCUAGCUUCCAGUCCGUCUGUCCAAACAGCAGACAGACCGUAAUGAUCUCGUCCUGGAGGCGGUAACCCCAGAAGGCUCUCUUUGCCCCCAUCUUGUGUGUUUCCAUGGCGACUCGACAGAGAGUGUUGACAACUGAUUUCUAUGUCGAUCCGAGUCGCAAACUAUGGAUAUUUAUAAACACGAGACAUUACAGUUUACAGGGCAGGGCAAGUUUCUAUUGACCUCUUGGAAAAAAAGACAAAAAAAAGGGGAAAGGAUCCUGAUAUACCUUUAUUUAUACAAUCAUGUAGUUCUGCUCAUUGAAGGAUGUAGUGAAGGGGAAAGUGUUGGGGGCUAGAUGUAGAGUGGGCGGAAGCAAUGGGGGUCUUGAGUCCCGCUCCAUCCGCCAGUAGUCUGACUGACCCCGUUUGGUCGGCCUAUCUCACUUUUGUCUACAAAGUAGAUUACUAUAAACAUUUGAUAAUCAAAUUAUUUAUGUGAUGAACAUUGAUUUGAAUAUAAAUAUCUAUCUAUAUAUGUAUGUAUGUAUAUUUUUAUAGCUGUAGAUAUAGAUGUAGCUAUAUCUAUAUAGAUAUAUGUAUUUGUGCACAUUGUUGAUAUUUUCAAUGGCAAAGUUGUGAAUAUUUAAAUAUCUUCUGUUUCAUUUUUUUUAAGUUGAAUAUUUUUUGUUAUUUUUCAGUAAUGCUCUAUGAAUUCUAACUCUGGCAAUAGGGAAUUUUCCAGCUUUUGUUAAUGUUCUAGAAAUAGUUUUUGUGCAAUUUUCAGCAGUGACAAAAUGUUGUUUACUUACAUGGUGUCUACUUUCGAUUUAGGUUUUAUGAAGGAGAUUUUGGGGGUUACAACAUGGUCAUCAUGUCAUGUCCUGUGUAUGUACAUAUGAAUGAAUGGAUUAAUGAACGAAUGCCCUCAUGUUAUUGCAGUACGUUGGUGUUAUCUGUGAUUACGAAAGUUCAAAAAUAUUUUCUGGUGUUCUGCGGUGAACUUGUAAACUAAAAUCUCAAUAAAAUCGGACAAAACAA